AUCUCUUAAAGCGAUUCCGAAUGAGCGAAAACUUCUGUACGAAAUCGGAAUAAUUUGGAAAAAUUUUUGGGAUUCAAAACUAUGCUCAAAAAUUUUAGAGAAAAAAAAAGUCUAGUUUAGCACAAUUUUACUCUAAUGUUAUGGAACCUUUUAUUAAAAUGCAAAGAUCUACAUUAGUGCUGUUAGUCUUAUCAUGGUGGAGUAUACUUAUUUCAAAAACAUUUUCUGAUAAUUCCUCAAAAGAUGAUCCUUUAAAGUUUGCAAAAGACCUCAGUCAUAUUAAAGAGCAUCUCAUGGAACAAUAUGGUUUUGAUAGCAAUAAAGCAGACAUGUACUUAAAAGAGUAUGAUGCUCAAACACAGUACUUUAUCAUGCAUGAUUAUGAUAAAAACAGAAAAUUAGAUGGAUUAGAAUUACUAAAAUCUAUGACUCACUUUCAUGACCAUGAUGAAGAACACAAAAGUGAAACGCCGACAGUGGAUAACACAGAAACAUUAAUUGAGUUUGUCGAUAUGAUCCUUAGAGAUCAAGAUUACAAUAAAGAUGGAUAUAUCGAUUAUCCAGAAUACAUUAGUUAUUAUUCGAAAUAUGAAAACAGUCAUAACGAUUAGGAUGUAUUUACAAUUGAAUAUUAGAAAAUCUUUCUUUUUUAUCAUUAUAAAUUUUUUUGAAGAAAAAAUUUCAUUACUUU